AUGGACGAUUGGAGGCAGCGCGCGAAGACACUGACCAAUCAGAUUUACGCCGUGGACCCUAACUAUGUGCAAAACACCGAGCCGCGGCCGAUCGGGCAGGUGUCGUACGCGGACAUCGCCGCGGGCCGCACGAGCCCCGGCUCGCGGGGCUCGAGCCCGUUCCGAAACCCGCGAGAGGAGGCCCGGUCGUCCUCGCCGCUGGCGAUCCAGCUGCUGAGGCCCACCGUCCACAAACCGAUCGCGGAGCGACCGAUCCGCCGCGAUUCGCCGCCGCCGCCGCGCAGCGCCGACUCGGAAACUCGGCGAGAGACGCCGCGGGCCGCGUCCGAGCAGAAGGAUCUCGAGCCUGGACCGACCCGUCAGCGCGCGACCGUCGCGUCCGCGACCAAGGCGGACGCCGCCGAAUCCAGGCGGCGGCCGCAAGCCGGAAGGCCGACGGCCAGGAAGGAGCAGCCGCCGGAGAGGACGCCGGCCUUCGAGGCCGGCGGAGAGCCUCCGGCCCCGACCAACGCCGCUUUGGCUCCGAAAGAGGAGAGACGAGGACGGUCCGCCAGCCCGAUCUGGGCGCCCGGCUCCACCACGUACGCCGACAUUCUCCGCGGGAGAGCCAGCGCUUCGAGGAGUCCGUCCGCCGAGACCAGAAAGCCGGCGUAUUCGGUGCCGAAGGAAGCCGAGGCGAGGGCCGGCGGCGAAGUCGCGGGCUCCCGAGGAAGCCGGUCGUCCGGAGACCGAUCGCGGGCAACCCGAGGUUCCGGUUGCCUCGAACCAGCCGGAAGAGAUGCCGGACGCUCGGGUCGGCUGGACGGACGAGCCCCUCGACGAGUACAAUCUGCUGGAGAAGAGCUACGACGCGGGGACGCGAGUUCCCGAGGUCUACGGCUACGUUCAUCCGCCCAUGCCCGAGCUGGUGGGCUUCAUCGGCUCGCAGAUCGCCUAUCCGGAGCUUUCGUACGUCUACGUGCCCGCGGCGCCGCCUCCGCAAGUGGCUCUACCUCGUUACGACGGUCGGAUGCCGUUCCCGUCGGAGCAGUAUGUCGCUCGGCCGAGUUACCUGCCGGAGGCCCGGACCGAGACCGAGGUCGAGGCCGUGACCGCGACCGCGACCGCGACCGCGACCGUGACCGAGACAGAGGCCGGAACCGAGAUCCAUCGGCCCGGUCAGCAGCCGCCGCCGAAGCAUCAGAAGCAGCCGCGAGCGAAGAACCCGGCGAGAGACGCCGCGGCCGCGGCGAUCGAGCAGCGCGCCGAGGAGAAACGCGGUCCUGCUCCAGCGCCUUCCGCGGACGUUCCUCCGGCGGUCGAGGCCGACCCUUCGUCUCCGUCUCCGCCUCCGCCUUCGCCACCGCCUUCGGCUUCGAUUUCGUCGCAGAGCACGGAACAACGGCCGGAGGAGCCCUCGACGCGACCGGAAGAGGCACCGCAGACGACCAAGUCGAGGCCGCCGAACGAGAGCAAGACGUUCUCCUACGCUCAGAUCCUCUCUCAGGGCCUCGGCCCCCGAGCGGCAGCCGCUGCUCCGCCCUCCGCCGUGAUCGGCUUCGCGGCGAGACGAGCCAAGGAGAGGUCGCGAUCGCCCGUGAACUCGAACGGAUCGUCGAUGCACGAGUCGACGCCACCCGGAGAGGCUGGACAGAGACCGGCGAGAGAGUCCUCGGCGGCGAAGGAGAAGAGGGAGGAGACCGCGUGGGACACGACGAGGAAGAGAGAGCCGAGGAGGAAUCAGCAGCAGGAGACGAAGAGGAGACCGGAGCCGACGACGACGACGACGACGACGACGACGACGACGACGACGACGACGGCGGCGGCGGCGGCGGAGGAAAAGCCGGAGAAGAAGGAACCGGAGGAACGAGGAGAGAAGCGCGAGAAGAGGCAGCCUGAAAUUCGAGAGAAACGAAAGAAGAAGCGAGCCGAACCCGUGAAAGAGGAAGGGAAGAAGCGAUUCGAUGUCCGAGAGAGAAAGGAGGAGAAACGA